AUGGAAACCUCCUUACGCUUUCCUUUCCCGCAACCCUUGAACGCCAUGGCCUUUCAAACCGCAAAGCGCGACCUGCGCAAGCGGAUGCGUGAGACGCUCCAACAAAUGCCUACUUCUUUAAUCAGUCAACAAUCCGGAGUCGCGACCGGUAAAUUCCUGUCGCUGCCCGAAUACCAGAAUGCGAACAGUAUCGCCGUCUACUUGUCGAUGUCGACCGGAGAGCUUUCCACUAGCAGCAUCGUUAAAGAUGCAUUUGCGCGAGGGAAGAACGUGUAUAUCCCGUACAUCCAUACCGUGGAAAAGACCUCGGUCAUGGAUAUGCUCGCCCUUGAAUCAAUGACGGAAUAUGAGUCACUGCAGCCGGACAAAUGGGGAAUCCCCUCUUUGCAGCCUGUGCAAGUCACUGGUCGUCGUAGUGGUUUGGCAGAGAAUGGAUUGGAUCUCAUUGUGAUGCCAGGAAUGGCAUUUGACCUGGGCUUCCGGCGACUUGGUCAUGGUAAAGGAUAUUAUGACCACUUCCUCACUCGCUAUUCUCAGAUCAGCAAGAAGAUGCCAUUCCUUGUCGCCUUGUCGCUCCAGGAGCAGAUGGUUGAGGAAAUCCCGGUGAUGGCGCAUGACUGGCGGGUCGAUGCACUCGUGAUCGGUGAUGGACAGUAUCUAGACCGCCAGAACGAACUAGAAAAAAUUUAG